AUGCUGGGGCGGCUGGAGGCGCCGCUUUCCGGGCGCGGGCUGCUGCCGCGGCUGGCGGCGGAGCUGCGCAAAGAGGCGGCGUGGCCCGCGGCGCUGGGCGCGCUGGCCGGCGGCUGCGGCGGAGUUGCUGCUGCUGCAGUGGUGGAGUGCACUUUGGUGGAGUUGUCGCUCUCGGCCUUCUUCUCGGGGUACCUGGGGCUGGUGUUCGUGGCAGUGGGUGCAGCGCUGGCCUGGCGGGUGCAGGCGGGCGCAGCAGCAGCAGCAGCAGCAGCAGAGGAGGAGGCGCGGCCGCGGCAGCUGCUGCUGCUGCUGGCGGGGCUGGUGGCAGCAGCAGGGCUGCUGUGUCUGCUGCAGCAGCAGCGCGGCGCCGGCUGGCUGCUGCUGCUGCCCGCGCCGCUGCGGGUGUUGGCCUUCGCGCUGCUGGGCGUGGCGGUGUCUUUCGCGCUGGCUUUUUCGCUGGUGGACGUGGUGAACCUUUGCUGCUGCUGCUGCUCCCCCGCUGCAGCAGCAGCAGCAGCAGCAGCAGCAGCAGCGCCGCUCCACGCCCCGCAGCAAGCUUCUCUCGUGCUGCUCUUUGCCCUCCCCCUGGGGGGCCUCGCGGGGGCCCGCCUGGGCCUCCUUUCGGGCCCCACAGCUCUUCACUUUGCCCGCCGGCCUUUGGCUUUUUCUGCGCCUUUGGGGGCCCUCUUGGGGGCCCUUGCGGGCGCUGCUUCGGUGCUGCUUCGCCGCAGCUUGCUCAAGUUGAAUUAUGAUUCGCCCCAGUUCGACGAGGAUAUCUAG